AUGCACAUCUCCGCCCACGCACACACCUACUUCCUACUCGAGAAUAGGUACUUGGCUCCGCAACAGGCAGGUAACGAGGUAACGCUGCAUGAUGGUACAGGACAAGUCUUCUCUAGUAUGCUUGGUGGAAUCCGGUCUAGCUCCCGGAACCCUACUCUAGAUUACUCUAGACCGGCCAAUUCCAUCGAGAGGAACAAUUUACAAUUGGGCUGUCGGGAGAAGUCCGGAUCGUGGGAAAUUCAUUCCAGCUACCUACCUAGGAGAUAG